AUGGAAACUGGCUUCAAGAGAUCAUCGCCAUCAGUGGAGAUUAUAAUUAAAUUUGCUUGCGUAAGAAACAAAAGAAAGAUACACUCAAUGUUACUUUUCAAAAGAGCGUUCUCUGUUUCUAGAAGGGCUUUUAGUGCAAACAAAAAAGAUUUUACUAUAGUCUCUAAACAGAUAUUGAAUGAUCCUUGUUUCGACAUUAUAAGGAAAGACCUAACAUUAUCUUUACCAUCCAUACCGAAAGAUCCUUAUACAUUAUCGUCUGAUCUCAAUAAUUUAUUGAAAGCAUCAAAAAAACUUCCACCUUCACAUCAUUCUGCCAUCCAUAAUAAACUGAUCGAAGAAUUGGCUAAAUAUGAAUUUGGUAUAGCAACAAUUCACUCGAAGUUUCUCGAGACUCUGGGUAAACCGCUAACAACAGAAGCUUUCAUAGAAAUUAUUAAAAACAAUCCAGGUAGGGUGAACAGCUCUUGGGAAUUAUUUACAAAAUACCUCGAUCAAUUCACCGAAUUACAAGAUGAUAUACUUCUUUGUGUUUUAGAAAAAAUGGUUCAUUUUGAUGCCGUUGAUUUAGCUGAUGGCAAGCUAGAUAUGACUGUCGAGGAUAUAUGUAAGAGUUUAAUUCUGGUGGAAAUGAUUUCGAAGAAACGACUGAUCCCGGAAAAUAUUGCUAUAACAUUGGUCAAGAAUAUGUUGAAGCAGAAAGUUUCCUUUCAAUUGCCAUCAAUCAUAGGACUUUGCAAGACCCCUAUAUUUGAUCUCAUCGAAGAUUUAACGGAAUUGACUUCACGUCAAGUAUAUGACGUUUACAAAGCUCUCCCAUUUGAUGUUGUAGCUACAAAUAAAGAAUUUCUUCAAAAAGCUGUUGCAAUCAUUGGAGAAAAUUUACAAAUAGUAUUAACAGAAGAGGAAAAAGAGAAUGCGACAAGCUUUAAAAAGAUAAUGGAAGGACUACGGCUCGAAUAUCCUAAAUUGAAUGGUUCGAAUCCCGACUAUGAGAUCCUGACAGCUCCUAUUGAUACCAAAACUGAUUUCAUAGAUACUUUGAAUGAACUUGCUCGUACUAAUUUAGAUACGACCGACAUACAUUUAGCGAAGAAUAUAUUAAGAUCAAUUGGGGUGUUUAGGGGCGAUAUGACUUCCUUUUUCCAGUUUUAUCGUUUAUAUAUUUCGAAAUUCCCAGAUCACUCUUCUGACCUAACUUUCGAAACAUUCUUGGCUUUAUCAUACCAAAGUUAUAAAACUUCAAACACUACUUUAGCAGAAUACGCAGAGGCAUUUAUUGGGAAUUGUACUGAACCGGAUUUACAUGCUAAAAUGCUAAUAGUAUUGAUAUUGACAAAAUCCAAAUUCAAUAUCGAUGACUCUCUUGAUAUUUAUAACAAGAACAUUCAAUCACUCAGUAAAGAGAAAAAUGAAGCCGCGAAUCUAUCAAGCAGUGACCUCGUUACAGAAUCAUUGAUCUUAGCUUACCUAUCCAAGCAAGAUGUUGAUUUUGCUAGAGUAAUUUUCGAUGGUGCAGUCGGAGAGAAAGUCGUCGAAGGUCUCACAGCUGUACGUAGGAUUAAAAAUAUACUAUCAGAAUAUGGUGAAGCCGUUACCAAAGAAGAUUUUGAGAGCGUAAUGGAAGAUAAAAUUUUAAAAGUAAUGCAAGAUAUUUGA